GUGAACCCCAUGUUUCGUGGCUACGCUCAACAGGACACUCAGGAGUUUUUGCGAUGUCUGAUGGACCAACUUCAUGAGGAGCUGAAGGAGCCUUUGAACGACUGCAGCGGUGCAAUCUCAGAUGUCCUGCCUGACCACAACCUCGACAACCGUAAUCAUGUCGAUGGAGACCGAUUCCCCUCUGAGGAUGAGUUCCUGUCGUGUGACUCUGGAUCAGGAAGCGAGAGAGGAGAUGGAGAGAGGGCAGGAGGAGAAGCAGAGCUGCUCAUCCAAGACGAAUGUGUGGGAGUGAGAGGAAAUGGAGGAAUCUCGGAGAAAGAGAGGCUGAAGGAGAGAAGAGGAGAAGAGAAGACACGGGAAAUGGAUGAGGAUGCAGAUGUGGACACGGCUGCACAAGAGGGACAGGCAGAGAGAGAAACAGAGGCAACAACUGCAACCACAACUGUGCCAGCACCAGGAAAUACAG